ACACACACACACCCACCACGAGCGUCGACGUUGCUGAGCUGUCACGUCGCGGCUUUCUUGCUCCGGACUCCCUUAAGGCCCGAGUGCUUUCCUCGUCGACGUCCCACUCACUCAAUCAUCCAUUCUAUUCAUUCUAUCGUUGUAUACAAGUGUUGUUUACUUCUCUCGUGUAAAUUCGAUUUGCUGAUUGGGAGUUCGCUUUUGGAAUCUCGUCGUUCCUUUUUGAGUUUUUCGUAGAUUGUGUGUGAUUUUGAGGAAGUUCGGAGAAGUCUGUCGUCGGUAUGGGUGGAGAAAUGUCGGACGAUCACGAUAUGUCGGGCGAAACGUCGGGAGCAGGGUAUGAGCAGAUUCCAGAAACAGAUCUCAAGUAUCUGGACUUUGUCCGAAUAGCCGCGAAAUAUGGUACAGCCUUCGCUAUGAAUCUGUAUGAGGUGGGAAAGGAGAACUCAGGCGCACUCAAGUCGAGGGUGGAGGAAGUUGAGGGAACUGUGAAGUCUGUUGUUGGACCGAUAGUUGAGAAGGUUGAUGGGAAGCCAUAUCAGAUCCUACAAUUUGUGGACAGAAGGGUCGAUGAUACAGUGCACUUGUUGGACGCUAUUCUGCCCCAGUCGGUGAAGGAAAAGUCUUACCAAGCGACAGAUGCUGCCAAGAACGUUGUAGGCUCUAUCGUGAAUGACGUGCAAGAAAAUGGAGUUUACAAUACAGCACGAACUUACAUUGCCCAUUGUGAGCCGACCGCACAAGCUUACGGUAGUCAAGCAUGGCGAUCGGUGCAGUCAUUGCCUAUGGUUCCACAAGCACUUGGAACUGCACGCAUGGGUGCUGAAAAGUUGAAUCAAAUUCUUCUGUCUUACCGUGAUAGUCAGCUUCCUCUUUCCGCGUACGUCCCACUUUUACCUUUGAACUAUCUGGACAACGACGGCGACGAACCAGCAGAGGAGCACCAGUUUAGGAUUCGGUAAGAGAAAGUGAUUGUAUGGGAAGUGGAGUCAUGCUGGUCUGUGAAGAAGUCAACACCAACGUAUUAUAAGCGUGCAUAACGUAGUUGCUGCUGAACUUGUUUGCGGCAGAAGCGGAAUGUUAGAGAUUCAAAAUGAUGCAUGGUACAUAUUCAACUUCUCUUGUACAUGGAGCCCUGUUUUUUACGUAGUCAAAACGCUAGCGUUCUCGACAUUCAUGAGCAUGGACGUUGAGUAGUAGGUUCUCCAUCUUACGGAAUCAUGACGGAAGUGCUCUGUCAGCGACUAUCAAAGUUCUUAUUUAGGAUUAGCUGCUUUUGACAUUGCUAAUUUUCUACCUUUUUUGAUAAAAUUGUACAGUAAAGUGAAGUGUGCAUGUCCUUACCCUUA